AUGGAGCUGGCGGGCGGCAGCACCAUCUCGCUGUGGACCGUGGUGGCGGCCGUGCAGGCGCUGGAGCGCAGCGUGGCCGCACACGCGUCCCGCCUCUUCAGCCUGGAGCACCGGGCCGGGAACAGCGAGAAGAAGCACCUGGAUUGCGAGAAGAUGGUCGGGGAGUUCGGGAAUCAGCUGGAGAGCAAGUGCGCGGCGCUGGGCACCCUGAUGCAGGAGUACGGGCGGCUGCAGCGGCGCCUGGAGAACAUGGAGAACCUGCUGAAGGACAGGAAUCUCUGCAUCCUGCGGCUGCCCCCCGGGGUGGAGGCCCCCAAGGCCCCGGCUGUGGCUUUGGAAAACGAUGCCACUGGCUUUUCCACUCAGGAGUGGGAGAACCUGGAGGAGUGGCAGAGGGAGCUGUAUGGAAAGGUGCUGACAGGGAAGAGAGAAGCCCUGGUGCCGCUGGACGAUGUCAUCUCCGAACCUGCCCUCCUGUCCCGGCUCCAGGGAGGAGAAGCGCCCUGCAAUGAGGAGGAGGUGGCUCCCAGAGAGAUCCCAGCAGAACCAGAGGCUCUGCUGUUUGAACUCAAUGUGAGCAGCUGGGACAGCAGAGAAGCUCAGGAAAACCAGUCGGGAAGAGCAGGGCUGGCUGAACCUGGCCAUGCAGACUGCAGCAUUCCAGAGCCCAGCUUCGCUGUCACCGUGAAGCAGGAAGAGGAGGAAAAGCCGUAUGCAAAGGAGCAGGGAGCCGUGGAGGGCGUGGAGUUUUCCAAGCUUGGUGUGGGGCCUGACGCCGCUGGACACAACACGCAGGCCGCAGUGGAGGGCAGGAACCGGCUGAGUGCCCAGAGCUGCGAGGACCAGGAUGUGAGAGGGAAUCCCACGGACACCAGCGCCGAGGACAGCAUAAUCCAGAUUAAGCAAGAGGAAGAGUUGUGUACUGCAGAUCGGGAGAAGGAGGCUGCAGGAACUCCUAGAGAGCCCUGCCCAGAGCGAGGAUUUUAUGAGCCUGAGGCAUCCAGUCAGACCAGGAAAGGCAGCGAGGUGGAUGCCAGGGAGCUGCCAGGCACAGAGGGUGAGGACCUCCCGAGAGAUCCUGACACAGGAUUUCAGAUUUAUGCAACGCAUGUUUCAUCCUGGAUUAAACAAGAGGAGGAGCCACCCUGCUCUGAACAACAGGACUUGGAGAAAGAGGAAAUCUCUGCAGAUCCAAGUGCAGAUGAAAAUUUGAACGGGAACCAUCCAGCAGAUUGCUUAGAGCACAAGACCUGUGACUUAGAGGUACCAGGAAGGCCGGGAGAGGGAUUUCCCAAAGAUCCCAGCCAUGGAGUGACAUGGGACAGUCAGUGGAAUUCAGAAAUGAUGGAAACAACCACCAGCGGGAACGGGAGCAGCCUUGGAGGUGAUGCCCAGUACGAUUUCUUUAGUGCUCAGGAAAAGAGCCUGGAAAAGCAGCCCUGUGUGUACAAGUGUGAGAGGAGCUGCCCACAGCAGGACCAGCCUCAGGCACCACAGGGAGAAGGGGUGAUGUUUCCAGGCCCCACGUGUGAGAGGAUGUUCCCUCUGCUGCACCCACACCCUGGAGAGACGGGAGAGAAGGGAAUGGGCCCGGGAGCUGCUCCCACCUCCUGCCAGGGGCCAGGGCCCCGCUCCGAGUGUGGAGAGACUCCUCUGGGCACAGGCAGGCCCCGUGACCAGGACAGCCUGGGCACAGGGGAACCUGCUGAAAACGAGGAGAGCUUCCCCAUGGACACGUCGGGAUCCAGCCCCUGCUGGGAGCCGCCCCUGGCCCGGGGCAGCCCUGCCCAGCAGCAGAGCCAGGGCCGGGGCAAAUCCUACAUUUGCAGCGACUGCGGGAAAAACUUUGUUUGCCAUUCGUGGCUGGUUAGGCACCAGACAAGUCACACGGGAGAGAGGCCCUACAAGUGCUCCAAGUGUGACAAAACCUACAGGAGGAAGGAUUACCUCCUGAACCACCAGCGCCGGCACACGGGAGAGAGGCUUUUCCAGUGUCCUCUCUGCAGCAAGCGAUUCGUGCUCAAGAGGAGCCUGCUGAAGCAUCAGGAAGGUCACAUGCAGGACACACACGUGCCGCUGGUCAGCUGGCCCUGCAGGAACAUCAGGGGCUCCGUGAUGCAUUCCAUAUAGGAUGUCCCCCACGGCCCGCUGGGUGUCCCCUCGCUGGGCCGGGGCAGCACCCGCGGCUCUGUGCCGGGCCCUGGUGGCAGGAGGAGGCUGUGGCACAGCCAUCCCGAGCCCCUCCCAGGAAAAGGGAGGCGGCUGGGAGUUCUUUUCCGUGUUAGACAGCAUUCACCAGUGCCUGUGGAUUUGGAGAGGUGGAGUUUGGAGGUACUGCUGGCUGUGAGUCCGUGUGGGAGAGAAAACGCGUUGACGUGGGACAAUUUGUGAUGUGUGUUACGGAGAAGAGCUGUCUGGAUAGAGAGAAAUUAUCCAAAAUGUUAUCCCAGGAGCCCAGAGUCCUUGGACUGGGCUGGGAACAGGUGAAUUAAAGGUAUUAAUUGUCCACUGAACCAGUGUAAUUCUGUAAUUCAGGAAACACCCACUUGAGUGAGAUGCUUUGGGAAAGGAAGCGUUGCCCCUGUGGCUGUAGGAGGAAGCCUCUUUCUUCUGUGGCAAACAGAAAGAAGGCUGCAGAGCCUGGGAGGCAGCUUAUUCCCACCGUUAAAUCCUGGGGCUCCUCACUGCUGAACCCCAAGGGAGAAUUCCUGAAGGGUGAGAUCCUUCCUGGGAGCUGUAAAAUGGCCGGGGAGCCCUGGAAUAUGGUUUUAAUUCUGCACAGCCUUAAAGCUGUGUUGCAUUUCUUUCCCCACA